GGCUUUGUUCAGCCCGAACAUGUGUUGCAGCUGCUGUGGAGUGGCCCAACAAAAGGUCUGGGUCUUCGGACUCGGAACCCUUUUCGCGGUCUCCGGACUCUUGGCCAUAAUCUGCUGGCCCGGCUUCAUAGACACACAGAUUAUGAAGGCCCUGCCGCUGACACCGACUUCGAAGACCUUUGAGAAAUGGGAGGAGCUGCCCAUUCCCGUGUAUGUCUACAUGUAUCUUUGGAACUGGACAAAUGCCGCCGAUGUGCAGGCAUUUGGGGUGAAGCCCAGUUUCGAACAACUGGGGCCCUAUGUUUAUCGCGAGGACAGGAAGAAAGUGGAUCUGGAGUGGCAUGCUAAUGGAACGGUGACCUUUAACCCCAGGAGAACUUGGUUCUGGGAGGAAGAGCUCUCCGGUGGCAAGCAAACCGAUUUAAUUACUGCCCCGCAUUUACCGUCGCUGGCUGCUGCCAACCAAAUGCGAAAUAGCAACGCCUUUCUGAAGUUCAUGUUCAACCGGGUUCUGAAUUCGAACGGAGGACAUCUGUUUGUGACCUACACGGCUGAUGAGUGGCUCUUCAAAAGUUUCUACGAUGAGUUCCUGCACUACGCCAUGACUUCGAACAUGGUCCCGGAAGUCGAGUCGGAUGAAUUUGCCUGGUUCCUCAAUCGGAAUGGAUCCAAGGACUUCGAAGGAUCCUUCACCGUCCACACGGGAGUGGGUGACAUCAAGGAAAUGGGCGAAAUAAAGUUCUGGAAGGGCCAGAAUCACACGGGCUGGUACGAGGGUGAAUGUGGACGACUGAAUGGCAGCACCACAGAUCUCUUUGUGCCCGACGAGCCCAAGGAGAAGGCCCUGACGAUCUUCAUCCCGGACACUUGUCGCAUUAUAAAUCUGGAGUUUACGGGAGAAACCGAAACGAUCCAGGGCAUCACGGGCUGGAAGUACGAAAUAACACCGAACACCUUCGACAAUGGUCAGAUCAAUGGGAAUGCAAAGUGUUGGUGUCCUGUGGAUAGGCAACCUGAUAAUUGUCCUGCCACAGGAGCCACUGAUCUUUCACCUUGUGCCGAGGGUCUUCCCAUGUACCUGUCCGCCGAUCAUUUCAUGUACGCCGAUGAGAGCUAUACCAGCACAAUCAACGGCUACAAGCCUGACUAUGAUCGGAACAAUUUCUAUAUCAUUAUGGAGCGCAAGUUGGGGGUGCCCCUGAAGGUCAAUGCCAAUGUCAUGGUCACCUUGUUGAUAGAGGCCGAUGACGUUAUCGACAUACUGAAGGACCUUCCCAGCUUCUAUGCACCUCUCUUCACCACCGCCAGUCGAGCAGAAAUCGACGAAGCACUGGCCUCUGAACUUAAAUUGGCGCUUAAUCUGCCAGCUAUUGGCAGAUAUACUGGAGUGGGAUUGUUGGUUCUCGGUUGCAUUCUUAUAGUCGUUGGCGUCUUACUAACUAUUAAGAGGAAAUGGCAUGGCCAAGCUGAAUCGGAUAGAUUGGCUCUGAAGGAUAACGAGGAGACCCCUAAUGAAGCGGAAAUAAAGGUCAAUGCAGUCGACCGGAACUUGUAAAAAAUCAUUAGGCAUAACCGAAAUACUUUUAUAACAAGCACAUGAAUGUGAUAUUCAAAAAACGUGGUGUGAUAAAUAAGUAUAUACAUAUUGUUGUUUAAGAGAAAUAUAGGUCUAAAAAUAAAAAUUUAU